UCAAGAAGCCGGAAUUCCGAGCCAAAAGAAGAAACUCAAUACCUCACAGGAUUACCCCUUGCUUUUCUCUUCUUUGCCGUAUGCCUUUCUGCGAUUUUAAUUAUCUUAGAUGUGUCGGUUCUAAGCACGGCAAUUCCCUCGAUCACGACUUAUUUCGGGACUGUGGAAGAUGUUGACUGGUAUGGGACGGCGUACCUUCUGUGCCUUUGCUCAAUCCAACCGCUUACCGGUCAAAUAUAUAACAACUUCCGAGUCAAGAUCACAUACAUUGUUUUCCUCCUCGUCUUCGAGCUUGGCAGUCUGAUUUGCGCUCUUUCGAAAUCUAGUAAAUCUUUCAUUGUCGGUCGGGCGGUCUCAGGCAUCGGAGGCGCUGGAGUAUUCAAUGGAGGCAUGGUCAUUAUCACAGCUGCGGCUCCUCCUGCGGUCAGGCCACAAAUGCUCUCUAUGUCUAUGGCAAUGGUUGGCAUAGGAGGUGUGAUAGGACCUGUAGUUGGAGGCGCCAUCACCCAGCAUUUGGGUUGGCGAUGGUGUAUGUGGAUAUUCCUGCCUCCAGGCGCUGUGGUUGCCAUUAUCUUCGUUUUCCAACCGAUCCGAGAUCAGAUGAAUAAGCCCAAAGCUAUAUCUGUUGUUCAAAACAUGCACCACAAGUUCGAUCUAAUCGGCUUCGCCCUCUUUACACCGGCUUGCGUAAUGUUCCUACUUGCUAUGAGUUGGGGAGGUAGCAAGCUUGCGUGGAAUUCCGCGACCGUAAUUGGGCUGUUGUCUGCAGCGCCCGUCGUGGUAGGAAUAUUUGUUUGGUGGAUAUGGUAUCGCCAAGACCGUGCCUUGAUCCCGCCCGGAGUUAUUAUGAAACCUGUGGUCUUCUACGCCUGCCUAGUCUCUUUUCUUCAAGGUGGGGCAUUUUUGAUGACCCAAUACUACCUCCCGCUGUGGUUUCAAUCUGUCAAAGGUGCCGAUCCGGAGAAAGGCGGGAUAAUGAUGCUACCGACCUGUAUUACACAGAUUUUAUCUAGUAUUGGGUGCACUCUACUUCUCCGCACAAUACCAUAUGCUCCUGCUUGGGGUAUCUUCGGAAACGUAGUGACAGCAGUUGGAACGGGCCUUAUGACCACCUUCAACCCAUCAACACCUGCGAGAAAUUGGAUUGGAUAUCAAAUUCUAAACGGGGUUGGCCGAGGCAUUGCUAUGCAGAUGCCCGUCCUCGCCGUCCAAGCAGUUCUACCAACCACCGAAAUCGCAAUUGCCACAGCCAACAUGCUUUUCUUCCAAUAUUUCGGUGGCGCAGUCGCAAAUUGUAUUGCCAAAACCAUCUUUCUCAAUGCACUUCGUUCUGCGCUUGGCCGAUAUGCUCCGAGCGUUGAUGCGCAGCAGGUCAUCCAUGCGGGUGCUACGGAAGUGUUCCACGUUAUUGAUGCAAACAAUUUAGAGGGCGUUGUAAAGGCGUAUAACGAGGCUCUUGUCUUGACUUUCUGGCUUCCGACAGCUGCGGCAUGUAUUGCAUGUGCUUCCACUUUUGGCCUGGGGUGGCAGAAGGUGUCAUUUAAGGGAUUCAAGGGUCAAGAUGGGGAC